AUGGCUCUGAUACCAUACCAACAGGGUCUCCCCCCUGCAGUCGACGAUAUUGUCCCGGAUUUGGACGCCUUCCCGUAUCACAAUGUGACAUCCGAGGUGCAGAUUCUGCACUCAAAUGGAAGCAUGAGUUGCGUAGAGAGAGAAAGGCAAGCACUUUUGGAGCUGAAGAAAGGGCUUGUGGAUGAGUAUGGCAUUUUAUCUUCAUGGGGUUCAGAAGGAGACGCUGAUUGUUGCAGAUGGUGGGGUGUUAAGUGUAGCAACCAAACAGGCCAUGUUGUGAUGCUUGAUCUUCAUGCUCGUGUUUACGAUCAACCUUUGAGAGGUGAGAUUAGUGCAUCUUUGGUGGAACUGAGACAUUUAAAGUAUUUGGAUUUAGGUUGGAACGAUUUCCGUGGGGAUCCAAUCCCAGAAUUUAUUGGUUCUCUUGUUAAAUUAAGGCACCUUGAUCUGACUCAGGCCUAUUUUGGUGGGAAAAUUCCUUACCAAUUGGGAAAUCUUUCAAGCUUAAGAAUCCUUCGUCUUUCUUACAACUAUUUGAUAGGAGAGAUCCCUUGGGAAUUGGGAAAUCUUGUCAAUUUGCAGGAACUUAUGCUCCCCUUCAAUGAUCUAGGUGGUGUCAUUCCUUACCAACUUGGUAAUCUUUCAAGAUUAGAGAAUCUUGGUCUGGGUUCAAAUGACAAUCUCUUAAUUGACAACAUUCAAUGGAUUUCUCGCCUUUCUUCUUUGAAUACUCUUGAUUUAGGUGGUGUGUCAAAUCAUAGAAAAUCCAAAAAUUUGUUACAAAUAAUUGGUCAUCUACCAAGCCUGCAAUAUCUGAGUCUGUCAAAGUUUGGUCUUUCAGAUAUUGAUCUUCUUUUGGCGCAUCCUUCCCAGCUCAACUUUUCUCAUUCUCUAAUUCAACUUGAUCUAUCUCGUAACAUGUUCACAUCAUCCAUAUUUCCCUGGUUGUUCCGUUUGAACUCUACGAGUCUUAUAUAUCUAGGUCUCAACUCAAACCUCCUAGAAGGUCCCAUUCCAGACGAUCUAGGCAAAAUAAUGAAUUCCCUUCAAAUAUUGUACCUCCAAAACAAUCAAUUAAAUGGAACCAUGCCGAAAACAAUUGCAAAUCUGGUAGGACUCGAAGAGUUCAAUGUUGCGAGCAAUGUUUUAGGAGGUAGGAUCACAAACUUGGCCCAUUUUGCCAAUCUCACAAAGUUGAAGCUCUUAGAUUUAUCUUGGAACUCAUUUACGUUGAAUUUUAGCAACAAUUGGAUUCCUCAAUUUCAAUUGACAUCAUUUGCAGCCCAAUCCGUCGCAUUAGGUCCUUCUUUUCCCAGAUGGCUUCAAACACAAAAUAACCUGUACGAUCUUGAUGUUUCGGAUUCUGGGAUUUCAGACAUGGAAACAACAACUGCUUUUCUAUGCUCUACCAAAAGAUGUUUGAACCAUUUGAACAUUUCAAGCAAUAAUAUCAAAGGACAACUCCCAGAUUGUUGGAAUCAUUUAGCAUCACUAAGAAUUCUUGAUUUGAGCAAUAAUGAGUUCUCUGGAAAGAUUCCAACCUCAAUGGGCUCCUUGAUUUUGGCCCGUCACUUAAUUUUACGUGACAAUCACUUCACAGGCCAAAUUCCAUCUCUGCAAAAUUGCACCCAGUUGGUAAUGUUGGAUGUGGCGCGAAAUGAAUUGUCAGGACCCAUACCUCCAUGGAUAGGAUUUAACCUUCAAAACUUGCAAGUUCUUAGCAUGAGAAACAACCACUUUAACGGGAGUUUGCCAUCGUAUCUGUGUCAUUUAACAAACAUUCAAGUUUUAGAUCUUUCACUGAAUAACUUGGCUGGACAAAUACCAAAAUGUCUCCGAAACUUAUCAGCAAUGGCUCGAAAACCUAAAUCUACCGAUGCCAUUGAUGAAUUCUACGUCUUUACAAAUGGCUCACCUUCGUAUGUUUUCAGUUAUGAUUUUUAUCCUACAGUGAGGUGGAAAGGAAAGGAAUUGUCAUUCAAGGACGAUCAAAGACUUCUGAAGCUCAUUGAUAUAUCGGAGAAUGAACUAUGUGGGAAAAUUCCAAGAGAAAUUGGGAAUCUCUCGGAACUUUUUUUCUGA